AUGGUCCAGACGGUAGCUCAGGCCUACCAAACCGUGUCAAACGCAAGAAAGCCUAUGGCUUCAACAGAUAUGGGAUCCAUGAAUACCACAAGUUCGUCGAAUUUACAUUACAGGACAUCCACCGCGCCUGCAGGAGUUCCUCUCUCAAAGAUAUUGAGUAACACAUUUCCUCUAUCUGUCUCCGAAUCUUUCAAACAUUACUUCAAAAGACAUCAGCUCAACAAAAUCCAGCAUGACCUUUUGUCGGUGUUACCAUUUUAUCCGACGCCAUCAGCCACCCAUCGUGCCGAAGUCAUUCAGACAGUCAUAGACGACCAAAAUAACUACAUCAAUGAGUUUCAUAUUUCACCAAUAGGCAAACCGUCUACAAAACAUGUGGUAUUUGUGCAUGGAUACGGAGCGGGACUUGGGUUCUUUGUCAAGAACCUGCAGGAUCUCGCCUCCAGGAAAACUGAUUGGGAUAUCCAUGCGAUAGAUUUGCUCGGUUAUGGUUGCUCUUCCAGACCCAAAUUCCCAUACCAUGAACCAAAUGCCAACUACGAAAAAAUAGAAGCAUGGUUUACGGAAUCUCUCAAGAAAUGGUUCGAAAGAAGAAAUCUCAAUAGAGACAACACCAUGGUCGUUGCACACUCAAUGGGGGCAUAUAUUUCCGCUUUGACGAAUUUCAAAUACCCUGAGCUGUUCAAUAAAUUGCUGCUAGUGUCUCCUGCCGGAAUCUAUAGCACUCGACAGCCCGAAAUUCCUCCAUGGUUUGACAAAUUGUGGAAUAAAAAUGUGUCCCCUUUUGCAUUAGUUAGAAAUGCUGGGCCGCUUGGUUCCUACUUGACUUCAGGCUGGACUGCAAGACGGUUUUCGAAAGACAGCAGCAUCCUGAACUUAGAAGAGCAAAAGUUGAUGCACAUGUACACCUAUGCAAUCUUCAAUGCUAGAGGAUCUGGGGAAUACAUGCUGAACUACAUGCUUGCACCAGGAGGGGUACCUAGAAAUCCAUUGCUGCGCAGAAUCCACAACCUCAAUUGUGAUAGUGUAUGGUAUUAUGGUAGCUACGACUGGAUGGAUAAGAUGGGUGGAUUGUCAGCUUGCAAAACUUUGAGGGCCAAAGGACUUCGUGCAGAGAUGAAAAUUGUCGAGGACAGCGGGCACCACCUUUAUCUAGAUAAUCUUGCGGCAUUCAACGCUCUUGUCGCUGAUGAAAUGAAAUAA